UAUCUGCCUGAUUUUUAAUGUCUUGGUUUCUCUGGGAAAAAAAAAAACCAAGUGAUGGAGUUUCCUGAAGAUUUCAACCAGCUUGAGCUUCUGAACACACAUGGACAUCUGAUCCCCCGAGGAGCCAGCAGCCUGUGGACCGAAAGCAAGGACGAGGAGGACGAGGUGGAUGAAGAGGAGAGGUACAACAGUGAGGAGUGGUAUCUAGAAAAAGAAGAAAGUCUCAAACACCUACCAAAGGUGCUCAUUCUGUGGGCUGCAGAAAACAAUCGCGUUUCCACAAUCCGAAGGGUGGUAACUGCUGAUCCGUUGGUGGUGCACAGCUGUGAUGAGGAUGGAUACACUCCGCUGCACCGAGCGGCGUACAGCGGCCAUGUUGACGCUGUCUCUGCUUUAAUCGCCGCGGGGUCAAAGGUGAACCCUCGCACCCACGACGGCUGGACGCCCCUCCAUAGCGCCUGCCGCUGGAGCCGCGUCAAAGUGGCAAGUUUUCUCCUGAAACAUGGAGCCGAACUGAACGCCCAGACCAACGGGGGGCUCACCGCGCUCCACCUGGCCGCCUCCGACACCACCUCCCUCAUGACAGACUCCCCCAACACGUUGGAGCUCCUGCUAUCUCAGCUACACCUGAGGCCGGAGCUCCGCAGCGGCAGCGGGGAGACGGCCAGGGAGAUAUCCCAACGUACCAGCCCACACCACGUCCUGUUUGAGAUGGUGGAAGACUGCGUCAAUGUGGCACCGCUCUCAUGAAUGAAAUAAAACACGGGGGCAGAUAUUUAAACCCUCACAUUGUUAGCUAAAUGUACACAAGAUUCAUGAGAGUUUUCACAGUUGUACCCACAUUACUUGAUGUUUUUAAUACAUGAAAGGUGUCAUAUGAGUAUAUAUUGAUGUAAACAUGCUUUCCCAUGUUCAUUCAUGUUUUUGGUAAAGCAUCGUAAUAAAUAAAUAAAUGUCUUUUUAAUGUUG